CGUUCCCGAGUCUGCCUUGGUUGCUGUAGUUUCUGAGAAAGAAAAAAGACGCCGCCUAAUGAACCAGGAGAGAGUCGUUUGUUUGAAGUUUGUUUUCAGCAUUAAAGGAUCUAUAACGUCUAAUACCGACAUUUGUACUUUGGGAUAUUACUACCUCCGUUUCGUUGUGGCGAUUGUUGGCUACCGAGUCGUUGUUGUGUUAUAAAAAGAAGAUUACAUGUUUUAUGUUAUUUGAUCGAGUUUGCUCAGUGUGGGGUAAUGAGGGACCGGUUGGCCGAUCUGACAGGCUGUAGCAAGAGUGAAGAUGAAGAAGCCACUGUCACUAUUGAGAAAGAUCAGUCACUGGAUGGAUUCUUCCAGAAUGUUGAAGAAGUUCGAGGCCUCAUUGAUAAAAUUGCAACUCAUGUAGAGGAAGUAAAAAAGAAACACAGUAUCAUCCUGUCUGCCCCAAAUCCUGAGGAAAAAACACAGGAAGAACUUGAGCAGCUUAAUAAUGAAAUCAAGAAAAAAGCCAAAAAAAUUCAGUCAAAGUUAAAGUCAAUGGAACAAAACAUUUCCCAGGAACAAAACCAACAUUCAGUGCGCUACCGGAUGCAAGAGACGCAGCACUCGGUGCUAUCUCUGAAGUUUGGGGAAGUCAUGACGAAAUACAAUGAAACUCAAAUAGCAUUUCGGGAAAGAAGUAAGGGAAGAAUACAGAGGCAGCUGGAGAUAACUGGUAAAGUGACCACAGACGAUGAACUGGAAGACAUGCUAGAAAGUGGCAACCCUUCAAUUUUUACUUCUGAUAUCAUCUCAGACUCCCAAAUCACUCGGCAGGCGUUGAAUGAGAUUGAAUCCCGACACAAAGACAUCAUCAAACUGGAAUCGAGCAUUAAGGAGCUGCAUGAGAUGUUUGUGGACAUGGCCAUGCUCGUGGAAUCUCAGGGGGAAACGAUAAAUAACAUAGAGAAACACGUGGCAAAUGCAGCUGACUAUGUAGGACAUGCCAAAGAAGAAACAAAGAAAGCCUUGAAAUACCAGAGUAAAGCAAGAAGGAAAAGUUUUAUAAUUGCCAUAGUUGUGGUGAUUCUUCUUGGUGUAAUUGCACUAAUCAUCGGUCUCUCUGUGGGAAUUAAGUAGUUCCUCUUGCCUGCUGCACAAGAAAAUGUUUCUGCUAUCUAUUUGUGUGGUUGUUAGUCUCACCAUUUUGGCUAUUAUCAUUGCUGUGUCUCUGUCAUAGCACCUGUCUACUGCAGACACAGGAGUCUGCAUCAUCUCAAACUGGAGGAGGAAACCUGAGCACCUCUGAACAUUUCAAACUGUUGUAAUUAGCAUCUGUGUUUCUAAAUAACACUAAUUCUAAUCUAUGGUGGGGAAUUGAGCUUCCAGACAGCUUUAAUCAAGACAUGGUUUAUAAUCUAAGAUGCACAUUCUUUUCUGUUACACAGUUUCAAUGCCAUCUGGACUUGUGUCCACAUUUAGUAAUUAAGCCCAUGUUCUGAGUUGUGUUUAUCUCCAGAUUCCCCACCACAGAUAUUUUAUUGCUUGCACUCCGCAAACAUAAGAUUUGAGAAAAGAAUAGUAUUUGCUAUUUGUUUUUGUACUAAACAUUUAAGCUCGUCACUCCAAAAUGUAAAUGUUAAGUAAAUGUGCAACCUUUAUUUCUGUUUGUAAAUUAGACCCUAAGGUUAGCAGCUUGGGUAGUGAUCAUUAGAUAUUACAGAACGGGACUGAGAAAUGUGAAAGGAUAGCAACUAUACUAUUAAGGUAGUCCAAGAUUAGUGCUAAUCGGCACCUGUGAAACAGCUGUAAGAGUCUUAACAAAAUGCACACUCCAAUGUUAGGAUUGGCAGGGGAGGAGUGUGUUGACAGACCUCUAAUGGACCAGGUAUAUUUAUCUUUUUAUAAUGAAGAUAUGUAUCUAAAGAAGAGACAAAUACUUCCCGAGACCUCAUUAUGUUCAGUAGCAUUACAUUUGUGCUGCUCUGUGCAUUUGGUUGUAUGAUAGUUUCACUGUAGUCAGAUAUUCUUUUUUGUUUGUUUUAUUCAAAUUACACUGGAUUUGUGUUACUGCCAAGUGCUUUUCCAUGAAAGAAAGCUGUCAGAAAGCAAACCCACACUUGCCUUCGUGUUUUGUAUAAAGGUUAAGUGUGUCAUAAACGUUGAACAGCUUCACUUUCUAUUGGAAUGGAAUUUUCGAUAGAUACCAAAUACGAAAUAAAUAAUACAUAAAUAAAUACGUUUGUUAUGAUAGUAUAUAAACCUGAACUUUCGUAAUGGUUUUUACAGUUAUUUAUAAGUAUGCUAUUCAAAUCAUUUAGAAUGGAACUAGUGUGUGCUUUGCAGUCACCAUAAAAGCAGCAAGUAGGAGUCUUAAAGUUCAAACUACACCUGAAACUUUACAAGAUUCCGUCUGGAGGGCCUUUGUAUAGUUGGUUAUGUGACCCUACAUUAGAUGAAGUUACCGUUCUGUGCUUGUCUUGGUGAAUCUGGUUGCGUUGGCAAUGCUAUUGUGAUGCAUACUGUACAUACACCAGGUGUUGGGGCAGCAUGCUUGUUGAAGAGUACUGUAGUGUACUGCAUGCACUGUUGAAUUGCCUCAACAGCACAAAGAUAGACAUGCUUCAGUCUUCAUACCUACAACUCGGGAGGUAUGAUGAGAUGAUAAGGUGCAUUUACAAUGUAUUUUUGAUACCAGAAGUACAACAAGAACAAUACCACACAUAUUUUGAAUAUGAUAUUGGGGUAGCAAGCUUUUGUCUUAACAGUUUAUUUUGCAGUUUUCCAUAGAUUUCCAUUUAUUGGAAAGUUAAGCAUCCGUUUCAAGUAACCCAUUCAAACUUGGGCUUAUUAAAUUGAAUGCCAUUAUUUCUUAAAUGAUCAUGUCCAUGUUAAUUUCCUUUUUCUCUAAUAACUUGGGAGGUAUGAUCAUAUAUACCAGAUUGACAGUUUUGAAACCUUGUUUAUUUCCAGAAAGAAGUACAAUAAUAUACAAUGUCAUGAGAGAACUGGAGUACUGUAUAUACUGGUUUUGAAUGUUAAAAAACAGAAAAGACCAGUGCCUUCCAAUAUUUGUUUUCAAUAAAUUAUAUAUAUAUAUAUAUAUAUAUAUAUAUAUAUAUAUACAGUAUAUAUAAGAGCUGUUUACAAAAUUAAUUUAAACCAAAAAGCUUUUUGUCUGUUACUAGCUCAGUACCACAUCUUAGUAAUGUUUGUGGCUUGUAUGGAUAUUUUACAGUAUAUCUUAACACUGUAACAGCUUAAUUAAUUGUUGACAGUAGAUUAACAAAAAAAAAUAAUAAAUGAUGUUACCCAAACCAAA